CCGGAAACUUCAAGUUGACGCAACCCCAAUUCACCAUGGCAUCUGUUUACAAGACUGUUUCGAAGAAGGCAGCUCGCCAGCUCGCCAAAGAGCACGAGCUUGAGGAGGAGGAUGUGGAGAUGGAAGAGCUCCUCGCCGAUGCCGACGAUACGACCGACAGCGAAGAUGAUGAAGAAACUACGACCGAAUCGGCCAAGAAGCAGCUCGCUGCAGGCUUUAUGCCCAAGACUCGUGUACUCAUGCUUACCUCUAGAGGAGUCACGUCCCGCCAUCGGCACCUUCUAGCAGACCUUGCGUCUUUGCUCCCCCAUAGCCACAAGGAAACCAAGCUUGAUACGAAGAAGAAGACAACCGGAUACAACCUCCUCCUGAACUCUCUUGCUGACCUCCACUCUUGCAAUGUCAUCUUCUUCCUUGAGGCCCGUAAGCAAGGUCAAGACUUGUACCUCUGGCUGGCUCGCCCUCCCAACGGACCGACGAUCAAGUUCCACGUCGCCAACUUGCACACAAUGGCUGAAUUGAAUGCUGGAUUUAGCGGUAACUGCUUGAAGGGCGGCCGUGGUAUCGUGGUUUUCGAUCAAUCUUUCGACGAACAAGGCCCGCUCAUGAGCCAACCUGGCAACGAAUACCGGGGUUUGAUCAGGGAAAUGCUCCGCGGUGUCUUCUGCGUUCCCAAGCGGGGUGUCAAGGGCAUGAAGCCCUUCAUCGACCGUAUCAUCGGUAUUUUCGGGGUGGAUGGCAAGAUCUGGAUCCGAGUUUACGAGAUCCGGGAAUCCGAGCCCGGAAAGAAGAAGGAGGAUGGCGAAGAAACCAAGCCCGUUCCCAAGGGCAAGGAUGGUCUGCCAGAGGUCUCUCUCGUCGAGAUCGGCCCCCGCUUCGUGUUGACGCCCAUUGUCAUCUUGGAGGGUAGCUUUGGCGGUCCUGUCAUCUACGAGAACAAGGAGUACGUGAGCCCGAACCAGGUCCGUCGCGACGUUCGCCUGGGCAAGGCGGCUCGUUACGCUAGUCGCAGAGAUAUGGAGACCGACCGGUUCUCGAAGCGGACGACGCUGGGGUUGGCACAAGGCGAGAGGAAGCCGGAUGCACUUGACACAAGACAAUUGUUCAACAACUGCACCCUCCCGGCAGUCAUCAUGGUUCCCCCUUCGCAAUCCAGCCCUGGGUGGCUGAUGGGUGUUCAUGCAUCUUCCUCUACAAUGAACCUGACUCCCUUUUGCAUCUACCCCUACAUAACCAUGCCAUUCACUCAAUUGGCGACAGAGCUUCUGCUCCACAUAUUCCGCUCCUGCGAAACAAUUUCCGAUCUUAUGAACCUCACACAAACCUGUCGAAGGCUUCAUACUGUUUUUUAUCGAUCCAAUAAGCUGCAGAUUCUUAUUGAUGUUGCGGAGUUCGAGUUCGGUCCCCGUGCCUUUCCACACAUAAUCACUGAACGGGCGCAACUUCUACACAACUGGUCUACGACGGAGCUCGCUGAGAUAGAGGACGUCCGUUCAGUCAUUGGCGAUAUCGUCCAGAACCAUAUAUGUCCCAGUAAUGGGACCAUCCAGCGCAAGUUCCGAAAACGAUACCCGGAAAGCACCCAUCAGCUAGCGUUCAACAUUCAUCUUAAUUAUCAGUCGAGCAGCAGUCCUACUAGCACACCCGGUCUUCUUGAAAAGAGCCCCGGCUUAGUCGACCAGUAUUUCCACACAGCACACCCCAGUAACUUGACCGAGUCACCGGCUAGUUACAAAUCGCGGUUUCGGAAUGACUACUUCCAUGACCCUGGCUUCGAAGGCUGGGGUGAUGAGAUUCCGCAUUACUACGUUGUGCAAGAUAUGAUGAAGCUUGACCCGGGCCAGGUGCUCUGGUUACGAGAGCGUGCGCCCCUCAAGGAACAAGUGGAAGUUUAUAUACGCUCCUUCGGCGACUGGUUCCGAGACAACGGAGAAACCUUUAGUGAUACCCUGGAGUGGGUGAUGAAAGAGCGCGGGGAUGAUAUCGAAGGAUUUCGAUCUGCCAUUGCAGACCGGGAGACCGGUGUGGUGUGGGAUUAAUGUGAUCAGGUUUAUGUUGAGGUUCACCUUCUGCGGCAUGUAAGUAUUGCGGGAGAUAUAUCUCACUGGGCCAGCAACCCCUCCUGUGCAACCCACUUUAGCUCAAAAAAUAUGCACUGAGCUCUCAUACUGUACUUGACUGCUCUAGAGUACUUGGUGCAAUUAUAUAUUAGACUAAGAAUAGU